AGCACUCAACUUAUGACAGUUCUCAGCUGUGACAGUUGUUGUCUUGCAAGCUGCGAAAUACGGAUUUUAUACAAAUUUAGCAACUAGACAUGGCGCAAGUUCCCUUGGCUAUUGUGUCCCACAAGCGUCAGGUGUGCAGCUUGUAUAAGCGUGCACUGCGCAAUCUAGAGGCCUGGUAUGAUCGUCGCGAUAUUUACCGCUACCGGGCAGUGCAAAUGCGAGCACGUUUCGAUGAGAAUAAACGCAAGGAUCUGGCUGAGGGCAUGCGUUUGUUAGCUUCCGGUCAAAAGGAGCUAUUUGAGACGAAGCAUUACCAGCCCCGAACCUUUGCUAAUAGUGCUGGCGGAUGUGCUUUCGAGCGUGAGGUCAUCCCGCCAGAUUGGAUGCUCGACUACUGGCAUCCGCUUGAGAAGGCACAAUAUCCCGAGUAUUUUGCCAAACGUGAACAACGCAAGAAAGAAUAUGUUACCUGGUGGGAGAAGCAAUACGGCAAACCAGAUCCCAAGGACUUGGGACACCAUUAAACUAGCUUUAAUAUAAAGUAGUCAAAUCCAAUUUGUUUCCGAAUUAAAUAACCAUUGGACAAACUCA